UCAUGAAAAUUUGUUAGUGAUGAUGUUUUGUUCACACCGAAAUUCUAAUUAUUUGUUUUGUUGGGCAAGGAAAUGGCAGCGGUAUCGUGAUUUUUCUCCUUGACCACAAGAACCAACUUAUUUAAUCAGUUUGUAAUAUUUUGGUAAUCCGUAGAAGGGAUAAACGUAGUUUACGUAAUUUUGAUUUGUACGUAGUGAUCCAUGGUUUGUAGCAGAAAUAACAUCAACUUAUCAGUUCGUGUUGGGUGCGGCACGAUGGUGUGUGUUAAUGGUGUUUAAAUGUCAACUUGGUGAAAGUUAUUUGUAAGGUAUAAAGUGAACGAAAAGAAUAUGCUGUUAUGACAGGAGGCUGUAUCCCCGAGGAAUUUCGAAGUCUCCAUGAAGAUAAGUUUGAAGUAACGUGAAAGAUUGAGGUUAGGGUUGAAACACAACCAUGCCUGCUUGUGACAACAGCGAUGUUUUAGCGAGAAAACAACAUAUAAAAUAUUUUCAACGUUUCUUAAAUCUUCUUCCGCGACGUUUAUCCUCCUACGACUCUACAAGAUUAACAAUUGCUUUUUUUGCAAUUUCUGGACUUGAUAUUUUAAAUGCCUUGGAUGUACUGGACGAGAAAAAGAAAAGACUCAUUAUUGAUUGGAUAUAUAGACUUCAAGUUGUUCCUGACGGUUCAGAGCCAUCUUGGAAAAGAUGUGGAUUUCAAGGCUCCAGCACAUUAAUCUUCCCACCAGAUGAAACAAAAUGCUCACCAUUGUAUGAAUGUGGACAUUUGGCUAUGACAUACACUGGUCUUGCUAGUUUGGUAAUACUGGGUGAUGAUUUGUCCCGAGUUUAUAGAGCAGCCAUCAUUGAAGGUGUAAAAGCUUUACAGCAAGAGGAUGGCAGUUUCUGUGCAACUCUUGCUGGCAGUGAGAGUGACAUGAGAUUUUUGUACUGUGCUGCUUGCAUAUGUUACAUACUAAAUGACUGGUCUGGUAUGAAUAUAGAGAAGACCAUGGAUUACAUUGUGAGAAGUAUGUCAUAUGAUUAUGGCAUAGCUCAGGCUCCUGAGUUGGAAUCCCAUGGAGGUACAACAUUUUGUGCUGUAGCUACGUUGGCACUGAUGAAUCAACUAAACACUUGCUUUACAAAUAAACAGUUAGAUGGUUUAAGACGUUGGGGCCUUGCACGUCAGAUCUCAGGUUUUCAGGGUAGACCAAACAAACCAGUGGAUACUUGUUACUCUUUUUGGCUAGGAGCAGUUUUGAAGAUUCUUGGGGUGUUUGAAAUGAUUGAUUACCAACAGAAUAAGAACUUCAUUCUUUCAACACAAGACUCCAUUGUAGGUGGUUUAUCUAAAUGGGUUGAUACGACACCAGAUCCUUUACAUACAUAUAUGGGUUUGUGUGGCUUAAGCUUAAUGAAAAUUGAAGGAUUGUUAGAAGUACAUCCUGCUCUGAAUGUUAGUCAACGAGCCCAUCAGCACCUUUACAAGUUACACAAAGUAUGGGAGAACAAUUAACCCCACAGAAAGAUAAUCGAGUAGUAUAUGCAACCAAAAUAUUGCAAGAAGAUUUGUUAGUACCGAGCAAUAUUUCUUACAUGCUAAAGAACUUAAUUUUAUAUGAAAAUGUAUUUGAGCAAACUCUUAUGUGCGUGUCAGAGCAGUUAUGAAGAUUUCAUUGGACCUUAUUAAUCUGCUUGGCCCAUUGGGUUGUUUAUUCUUUGCUUUAUCCUUAUCCUCUACCUAGGUGGCAGGUCAAACUUUCCCAGCAUUGCCACAUAGCCGUCAUGGUCAGCAGGGCCGUUGAGCUCCUGCACCCCAUGAAGGCAAUAUAAAGGAAACAAGUUUGUACCUAAGCUGAAAGAUCUUGGUUAUCUCCUGUGGAUGAUUUUCAUUGUCAGCGGGUUGUAUGAUUGGCCGUUGAAUACUGUUGUGAUACAUAAUUGGGAGUAGCUGUACUGAGGAGCCAAUGGAAUAGAUAUCUGAAAAUUUGUGAUAUUGCACCAUGUAGUGUGGUGUAGUCGGCACAGUAGUUUUUGCCCAGUGGAGAAGCUAGCGGACGGGCCUACUCUGUGUACCUGAGGUGGCACGGUCAGUGUAUUUCUUUUGUUUGGGCGUUCAGUCCAAUAAGCUCCUCGGUGCAGUCAGUAUUAUACUGUCGCACAAAUGACUCGCUCCUAGCCUUCCCCUUGAAAAUUCCACCGGCCAAAAACUACUGUGCUGACUAUAGAAGUUUUCCAGUAUUUAAAAGGUACUUACUUCUUCCAUGAUAACCCUGAUGGAGGCAGCAACCACCUCUGAAUCAUCGAUAAAUAUAUACCAGACUACACAAUUUAAUAUCCUGUAAGACAGUUGUCUUCAUACUCUCUGUUACAAGAAUGUAGUCUUAGAAUAGGGAACUAAUCUUACUUUGUCACCUGAAGACGAAAAUAGAAGCCAUUUCAAAGGUUGUGAUUUUAAUGAAUGAAAGAUGUUGGAUGAGGUCUAAAAGAAAAAUAGUCAUAUACAUUGUGUGAACCCAAACGGCAGAAAACUUUAAACUUUGCAAAAAUAACAAGGUUAAUGCUUGAUCACAGGAGCAAGGCUAAAGGAGUUUUUAAAUUCCACAUAGUAUUUUGUAUAUAUUCCAAUUAAAUAAGAUUUUUCUGAUCUUAAUUUAGGUUUAUGAGGUUUUACCGUAGUCACUCGUGGAUCCUCUAUCAGUAGUCCUUAAAGUGCAAAAUACAGUACAUAUAUUUUUAAUAAAAUUAGUUCUCAGAAUUAUUAUUAUAAUUAGAGCAUUAAACAUGAUGAACUAUUUUCUUUUGUUUACUGUCAAGCUCAUAUCAAUUUCUCUGCUGUAUAUGACACAAUGUAUAUAAUAUUUUUAAUAAAAGUUUUGUAAAAAACCAAAGCUCACUUUUAGGAGCAGUUAAUGCAAAUUUUGGAAUAUGCUAAUGUAUUUAACACAAGUAUGAGAACUUGUUUGAAGCAUAAAAGAAGAAAGUAAAGCACAAAGAGUUCAAAAUGUUUAUGUGGAUAAAUAAACUGCAUACCCGUUGGUCAUGUUGCAGUCAUACCAGAAACAUUUACACAAUUAUUAAUAAAAAUUGUAUUUUCUAAUUAUUUCUCUCUAA